AUGAGGCCUUUCUUCUUGGUUGGUUCAAGCAAUACACACAUUUACCUGUGGGAGUUCAAUAAGGACAAAGCUAUUGCUACAUACGGGGUGCUGCUUGCUGCUAAUGUCCCUCCACCAUAUGAUCUUGCGUCAAUUUCAGCUUUACAAUUUGACCACUUUGGGCAUCGUUUUGCCAAUGCUGCAUUAGAUGGAACCGUCUGCACAUGGCAGCUAGAGGUAGGAGGAAGGAGCAACGUUCGUCCAACAGAAUCAUCCCUCUUCUUUAAUGGCCAAGCAUCGUAUGUAAACUUUGUUUUGUAA